AUGGAGCGCGUUUUUUGGGGUAAUGGUGUCAUUUCCAGCAAUUCAAGAAAGACAACCGUACGCUCGGUCUGAUUCAAAGGCUCCUCCAUUGGGCCUUUGUGAGUUACACUUGUAAUUUCUAUCCACUAUGAAACUGGCGGCAAUGAUGUUUCGUUGUAAUAAAUUGGAGAGCAGAGGUCAUUAUUGUCAGACGUUCACACCCCCGUCGAGCUGAGGAGAGGCGGAAGUCGCUGCCAAGUCAGGAGCAUUGUUUCGCUGACAUUUGCGCAGAGCAUCAAAGCUGUGAUGAAUAAUCCAUAUUGAAAAACUCGCCGCUGUGCCAAAUGUCAACCAGCAGCGGGGGCCGUUGUUCGCGGAGCCGACUCCCAAGUCUUCCUUCGCAGUCGUCACAAUGAUGCGUCACAAUUAAGGGCAUCCAUUGAGUUGCCAAAAAAUCAGGAUAUGGUCAUAGAGGACGGCAAAGGCGGCGGCGGUGCCCCCCACCGCCGCACUUCGACGUCGGACUCUUGUUGCACACGGCAAAGCAAAACUCUCCCCAAAGAUGUCGUCACCGACAAGAUGUUUAUGGUGGGCGGAUGGACCAAGGACGACCCCUCCUGCCCGGUGGAGCAGUUCUAUCCUGAGUUUAAUGAGUGGAGGACAGCGGCUCGCAUGGUCAAGCAGCGGGGUGACGUGGCCGUCGGCACCCUGGACGACAAGAUGUACACAGUGGGUGGGCAAGACAACAUCCGAUGCUACAAUAAUGUGGAGAGGUACAACCCAGACACAGACAGCUGGAGUGCGGAUGUAGCACCCUUGAGCAGCCCCCGCAGUGGAGUGUGCGUGGUGGCCAUGGACGGAUACUUGUACGCUAUUGGAGGACACGAUGGGAUUGCGGCCAUAAAUACCGUGGAGAGGUACGAUCCAAAGAUGAACGCGUGGAGCAAGCAGGCGCCCAUGCUGACCAGACGCGCCAGAGCCGCCGCGGCAGUGCUGGGUGACCACUUGUAUGUGAUCGGAGGCAACGAUGGAGUCCUGGCUCUGAAUUCAGUGGAGAAAUACAACCCCGAAGAGGGCACCUGGUCCGUAUGUGCCCACAUGUCGACCCCCAGAGAAAACGCCGGCUGCGCCGUGUACCUGGGCCACAUCUACGUGGCCGGGGGCAGAGAUGACCUCGGCUUGGGCCUGUGCUCGGCGGAGCGCCUCGACCCGGACACCACGAGGUGGACUCCUGUCAAACGCAUGAGAAGCAAGAGAGACAACGUGUCUCUUGUGGUGUUCAACGGUGCUUUGCUGGCGGUGGGAGGCACUGAUGGAGUCUCCGAUUUGAAAACCAUCGAGGUUUACAACGGCGAAAGCAACUCAUGGAGACACUUUGGAAGUAUGAAGAGCAAGCAUCCAGGAGGCAGAGUGGCCGUGCUUUAUACUGAGACCUAACAAUGGAACGUCAUUACAUGAGCGGGGACAGAGAACUGAUAGAGAAAAGAUCGGCUAAUGGAUGCCCGUGGCACGCUGCGGGACAUGCUGCGAUAAGCUUCAAGCCCCGGCAACAUAAUGACUGAAUAAUUGAACAGUUUGCUCAAAAAGGAGUCGCAUUAGUAAACCGCCGGUCCAAAACAACUCCGCGCAUUGAAUUGAAGCGCAUUAUAGGCUAAAAGGUUACCUCACUGCUAUUUUUAAGUCCUCUGCCUGGCAUAGAAAAAUGGAUCUUUUGGAGGUGGUCUAUACGCAAUAAGAGGAAGCGACAAAGAGUUGUGUGCAUUAUGUAAAGUACAAGCGGAACCUCUCAGGGAUUUCGAAACGAUGUUUCAUAAAGAAAAUAAUGGAAGAAGAGUUGAGAGGAAGGUUUACAAAGAAGUUAUAGACAGUUAAUAUGAACAACAUGCAAAAACUAUUUAAAAAAAAAAUACAACUAUGAGGACCUGGUCGCCUUGUUCAAAAUAUGUACCGAAGAAGUGAAAUACAACUGAACUGUAUUCAAGCACUGAUUUUAUUUAUUUGUUUGUUUAUUUUGUGCAUGCCACUAGAAAGAGCCACCAUACCACACUUUGAGAAUCACUGGCCUCAUCUUUUGACAGUCCCACAGCUGCGUUUUGGGGGCAAAAUAAAGCAAAAGUUAAAAUGUAGUGGGAGCAUAAAAACAAAAUCAUGCGUGAUGUUUUCUCCUACCUCGCUGGAUCUCAGUGCGGCGAGCAUCACAGAGGUGAGGACGAGGACUUCCGUUAUGCCUCGAAAUCAUCGUUAAAGUUAAAUGGGUAAAAGUUGACGUGGAAAUGUGAACGAGUGAGUGAUGAAGUUUUAAUAAUGUAUUCUACAGUAGUUAACCUUUUUUUUUUUUUUCAACUUGCCAUUAAUAUGUAAACGCAUGUGACGUGUUUUGUGAUGUUGACAUGUGGACCCUGACUCGAUUUUUCCUAUCCUCAGUCCUUUUCCGGGACUGGAGUACUCCAUCAAUCCAUCCAUUUUUUUGUCCCGCUUAAUCCUCACAAGGGUCGCAGGGGUUGCAGGAGCCUAUCCCAGUUGUCUCUGGGCAGUAGGC